AUGCCUUUGUCAAUGGCCUCACCUGCCCCAUCCCUCAGCUCCCUCAUUUUCUCUGAAAGCAACCAGAGUGGUCCCAGCUCCUUCAAGCUCAAGGAUCUAGGGGAUCCUGAUGAGUCUCCAGACAAGAGCGCAGGAGAGGAGGAUGGAGGGAGGUGGCCUGCUGGCCUGGGGGUGUUCUCUUCUGCCUCACUGUCAGCCUUCUGCUUCAAGUUGCAGAUGAAACGCCGAUUUCACUGGUCAGUACGUACAGCCCCGCUCUCAUUUGCCUGCAAACUGUCUGUCCCUCCAUUUUCCCACCUCUCCAAUUCCACUCUUACAUCUUGUGGAGGAGGCGAUGUGGAGCGAAAGAACAUUCACUUCCCCUGGGAUGUGCUUCUCUGUAGUUUGGAGAUGAACCUUAUGAAUCACCUGAGAGGCUCUCAGGCCCCAGCCCUGGUACCUCUCUCACCUAGCAAACAAAGAAGGUCUCAGCUCUCUACAGGAGAGACAAAUACUUUUACCAUUAAUUGCUCAGGCUUUUACCAGCAUGGGGUGGACCCUGCUGCCUUCCGGGCCAUAUUUAACCAGAAGGCCUUCUGUCCGGUCAUCAACUCCAGCCUCCCCGCUCAUGUCAACAUCUCCUUCACCCUGUCUGCCAUACUGGAAGUGACCAGAUGGCCCUUGGGCACCAUAGCCCUCGGAGCCUUCCUCUCUCCCAAGUCCCUCAAAGCAACACCCCUUUUGAAAGCUGCCAGCUCUGACCUAGGGUUUGUUUGGAGGGGCUUUCUGCUUGCCAUCGAUGCCCUCAGCUUCUACCUACCAGCAGAAAGUGCGAAUCGUGCCCCAUUCGAGGCCACCAUUCAGCUGGGCUGCAACAUCUUCCUGCGCAUGGUGAAUACACUACUCCCCGCUAGUCCUGCUUCUUAUCCCCACCCAAGGUGUCUACUUCGCCUCUCCCUGAUGGUGGGCAACCUGCUGGAGACCGUCUUCAUUACCUACCAGCUGCACGUGGCCACCACCCAGCCCCCACCCCUGCCUCGGUGGCUCCACUCCCUGCUGCUCCACUGCACCAGCCCAGGGAGAUGCUGUCCCACUGCGCCCCAGAAGGGAAAUAAGAGCUUGGGUCUCACCCCCACCCACCUGCCUGGCCCAAAGGAGUUGGGGGAGUUAGCAGGGAAGGAGUUGAGACCCAGAGAGACCAAGCUAGAUGGGGGCUCAGGAUGGACAAAGGCCCAGCUAGUGGAGCUGUGGGUGCAGUUCAGCCACGCGAUGGACACCCUGCUCUUCUGCCUCUGGAACACCUAG